UGCCACCAACUCGUCCAAAUCAUCGAGUCAUAGGGACACAUCGGAUAGGAGGGAUCUCUGGUCUUCACGAAAGUGAACUCAGUCCCCAUGUUUCAUCACAAACAUCACGGAAAAGGAACUCCGGGUUCGGAGGCGCUAACGGUCGAAACCUCAGAAGAGGGAGGGAGACGACAUCAGAUCGACAUUGACGACGCCGAGACCCUUGCACCUCGAUCGAAACAAUGGAGAAUUCUGAUCCGUCACGCGUGGAAUUGGAAGCCGAGACCAGCUCGCUACGACCCGGACAGCCCUCCCAAGUUUACCAUCUGGCUGAACUUGUUAUUUGCAUUUGCUGCCUGCUUCACCGUCUCCAACCUCUAUUACAACCAAGCCAUUCUCAACCGCAUAGCCGACACCUUCGACGUCACCUUCGAAGAGGCAUCGUCGGUCGCCACGCUCAUGCAGGCCGGCUACGCCGGCGGCCUGCUCCUAAUCUGCCCGCUGGGCGACGUCUUUCCGCGGCGCCCCUUUGUCCUCGCCCUGGUGGUCUGUACCGCGAUUGUCUGGCUCGCCCUCUGCCUCACUACCUCCUUCCCCCUCUUCCGCGCGGCCUCCUUCCUCACCGGCUUGACGACGGUCACCCCUCAACUGCUCUUACCGCUAGUGGGCGACCUAGCGCCCCCAUGCCGCCGCGCCAGCUCGCUCGCCAUCAUCGUCUCGGGCUUGUCCCUCGGCGUCCUGGUCGCGCGCCUCCUGGGGGGCGCUCUGGCAUCCGAUGGUAGCUGGCGCAACGUCUACUGGUUCGGCCUCGGCGUGCAGGGGCUCGUUGUGGGUCUCUUGUACGUCUGGCUGCCCGACUACCCGAGCAAGAACCCUGUCAGCCUCGAUGACGGCGGUGCGCGGUGGAGUUAUCUGGGCGUGCUGGCCAGCAUCGGGCGGCUGGUGGUGACGGAGCCGUUGCUGGUGCAGGCGGGCGUAGUGGCGUUCCUGCUGAGCGCCGUCUUCACGUCGUACUGGACCACGCUGAGUUUCCUGCUGUCGGCGCCGCCGUUUGGUUACGACAGCGCCGUCAUCGGGCUGUUCGGGUUGAUUGGGAUCGUGGUGAUCCUGGCUGCGCCCGUGUUUAGCAGGCUCGUGAUUGACAAGGUGGUGCCGCUGGUGUCGGCGGUGAUGGGGUUGACGGUCGGGUUGAUGGGCGUCGUGGUGGGCACCUUCACGGGGUCGUACCACAUCGCCGGGCCCGUGGUCCAGGCCAUCGCCAUCGAUCUGAUGUUCCAGUUCACGCAGAUUGCGAACCGCGCGGCCAUAUACAGCAUCCAGCCGCAGGCGAGGAACAGAGUCAACACAGCCUACAUGGUGGCCGCCUUCUCCGGCCAGGUGACCGGAACGGCCGUUGGAAACAGGCUGUAUGCCCAGGGAGGGUGGGUAUAUAGCGGCAGCUGCAGUAUUGCGUUUAUUGGUCUUGCUCUUGCUGUCUGUCUUGCUCGUGGGCCGAGGGAGAGCAGCUGGAUAGGAUGGUCUGGCGGAUGGAGUAUACGUCGACACGAUUUGGCGGAUGCAAAGACGGCAUCUGUCGUUGAGGCCCCCGCUGAAAAUGAUAAGCAGGAAGGAGCAGGCAGGAGAAGUUCGGAUCGCAGAUCUGCCGGGGGGCGUCAGCCAUUGGCUGAUGUAGCAGGUCCUGGUCCCCCAAUCUCAACGACCAACGCCCAGUAGCUUAGC